GUGGCAGCAACAGCAAGGCACUUGCUGGAAUAAAACAAAAACAAGUGACGUACCUGCAGUACCGGUGUUUAUUAUCGAGUUUUUAUUAAUGAAAUCAUGAACGAAUGGAUAUACAAAAUUAGCCUGUGGCUGCUGGUGAGUACAGCGGCCUGUACAUUGUCUCCGCCAACGGACAAACACAGACGCGACAAAGCUAAAGUAGAGAGUAAGAAAGGCCCGGUGGAUCAGAAUGUCUUUGAUCGAGGUCUUGUGGUCCAAGAGCCGAAACCCAUAGACAUUUUACGUGAGUCUGGACUUUAUUGCAAAGAUACUAAGUUGAGACAAUUCAACGGGGAAGUGCUGGGAUACAUAACACCGUGGAAUGCAGAGGGUUCAGAAUUAUCCAAAACAUUUCAUGGAAAGUUAACAUCAGUCUCACCAGUCUGGCUAAGUCUACCGCGAGGGAAUGUAAAAAAAUUCCAAGUGGCCACUCACGAUGUUCAGAAAAAAUGGCUGAAAGAAAUGAGAGCCUUUAAUGAUGGAAAUCACACUGUAAGAAUUUUACCAAGGGUUUUAUUCGAAGAGUGGACCCCCGAGGAAAUAUCAGCACUCACUAACGACAAUCAGAGGAAAACGCAGCUGGUGUCUGUACUUUCCGAAACUGCUAAAACAUUCCAAUUUCAAGGAUACGUAUUAGAGAUUUGGAAUCAGUUCGUGUUCACAGGGGUUAAAACCAAAGUUGUAGUUAAUUUGAUAAAGUCCUUGGGCAAGAGACUCCAGAGUAAAAAUUUGGAAGUGAUUUUGGCCAUUCCACCAGCACGAGGUCCUGAAGGUCAAAUAUUUUCUCAAGCGUACUUCGAGGAAGUAGCGCCUCAUGUUGACUACUUUUCGUUGAUGACAUACGAUUUUUCCAAUGUUCAACGUCCCGGACCCAAUGCCCCUCUAGAAUGGGUCAGAGAAUGUGUAGAAAAAUUAGUCCCCGAUGAUGACGAUCCCAGAAGAUCGCAGAUUCUCAUGGGAUUGAAUUUCUAUGGAAACAAUUAUACGCCAGAAGGGGGAGGACCUAUUCUUGGUUCCCAGUACCUGAAAAUUCUCGAAUCCUAUAAGGGAAAAAUUCAAUGGGAUGACAGGAGUAAAGAGCAUUUCUUCGAAGCAAAAUCUCCAGGAAGUGGAUUUAUUUUCUUCCCAACUUUGUACUCUCUACAGCAGCGAAUUGAUCUCGCUAGGGAGCUCGGAACAGGCUUAUCAAUCUGGGAGUUGGGUCAGGGCCUAAAUUAUUUCUACGAUCUUUUAUAAGUGCGUUCUUACUUCAACCCCAGCAGAUGAAAGUAAUAAGUGACAAAUAGGGGAUAGAUUGUAUUGAUAAAACAGAUGUAAACUACUUCUAAACACGAGUCUUAUAAACUUAUAUAUUAAAACGAAAUAUACAAUUAGUCUUACAAUGGAAAAA